GCGGUUGGAUGCAAACAGAAGCGUCAGGAGCACGGAGAGCCUGAUCAGAGCUGGGCAGCAGGGCUCUGCCUGCUGGUGCUCAGGGAAAGUGUGACUGGGACUGAAAGGGUGCCCAUGGGACCCAGCUUCCCGCGUGCCCUAUCCUCCUCCUGUGGCCAACUGGAGUAAAAACAUUUUGACGGAUUCUUGGACAGAGGCUGGAGGUAAGGAUGGAUGGUUCAAGAGACGCUGCACCGAAGGAGUCGUCCCCAGAUGGACAGAGGCAUGGAGAGGCAGCAAUGCUGCCCCAGCAGGACUCCAUGGCUGCUGCCCGGGAAGGUGGAGGUCUGGGAAAUGCUGCAGCAGCUGCACCUCAGAGGGCUCCUGGUGAGCUGAAGGAGCGCAGCGAUGCUCCCAGCCGUGUGUGGCGUGCGCAGCCUGGCCUGCUAUUCCAGGGAGAGAAGCAGAGCUGCCAUCCUCUCAGCCUGUCCUGGGCGCUGGGCUACAACAGCAGCCUGGCUGUGCAUAGCAUGGAGGAUGGGAUGCUGCUGUAUGUCUGUGCCCACACAGUGGUCAUCCACGAUGUCCUUGGCAGCAGGCAGUACCACCUGCAGGGCCACGCAAAUGCCAUCUCAUGCCUGUGUGUCAGUGAGGACAGGCGCUGGGUUGCCACUGCUGACCGAGGUCCGGACCCUUUGGUCAUCAUAUGGGAUGCCUUUUCCGGGAUCCCAGUGCGCACCAUCUUUGACAGCCAUGCAGGCAGUGGGGUCUGUGCUAUCGCCAUCUCCCAAGAUGCAAAAUAUGUGUUAACCAUCAGUGCUGGCUCGGUGCAGAGGGUCUGUGUGUGGAGGUGGACAUAUCCCAAUGAGAGCCCUGUGUGUGACGUGGAGCUGAGCCCAGAGCUGGGCUUCCAGGAUUUUGUCAUUUUUAACCCCCAAAAUCCCUAUGAGUUUGUCAGCAACAGCAAAACCCAGGUGAUAUUUUAUCUGUGGGGCGAUGCUGGUUUGCAGUACAGCACUCCUCCUUUGACCAAGCAGACCUUUGGCAGCGCGGUGGGACGCUUCACCCAGUCAGCUUUCCAUUUCAACGCCACGCAGGCGCUGACGGGCACCUCGGCCGGGAAGGUGGUGGUGUGGGAUGUGGAGAGAAAGCAGGGGCUGGCCAAGGAGCCACAAGGCAGGUUGCAUGGCGUCAAGGCCACCAAGCUGGUGCCGAUGCAGGAAGAAAGCCUGACAGUGCUGAUGGUGUUGGAGAGCUGCAUAGUGACAGGGGAUGUGAGAGGCCAGGUGAAGUUCUACGAUGGGCACCUGCAGCUCCUGGCCUGCUAUGACCACAGCAGUACGGGUCCCAUUCAGUCCAUCUCCUUCUCCAAAGCCCCUGCAGAUCCUCCCGGUGCCUCUUCUACCAGCAGCCAUCCAUUCGCUGUUAGGAACUUUAUCCUUUCAACCUCUGAUGCAACAGUGCUCCAUGUUGCGACAGAUGGGACAGACUUUGAAAAAGUCAUGAAAGAGGCCAAGAAAGCAGUGAUGGCCAUUGCAUGCCAUCCUCAGCAGUCAUGGCUUGCCAUGGGCAGUCACUGCGGGCUGCUGAAGGUGUGGGACUACCAGCAGCCCCAGCUCCUCAUGAGCAGGAUAUUCCCCAGUGCUGGAGUCCAGUGCCUGUCCUAUGAUCCUGCAGGCUCCUUCCUGGCCGCUGGUUUUACCGAUGGGAGUGUGCAUGUCCUCGAUGCCAUUUCCCUGCUGUCCUGCUGUGAGGUGUUCAGGUUCUCGUGGGGCCCCAUAACUCACGUCCAGUUCUCCCAUGACUCCGAGUACCUCGCAACUGCUGAUGAAAAAUAUGCAGUGACCGUUUACAAAAGGGUUCUACAGAAUGAGCGUAGGUGCUGGGAGCACCUGGCAGGGCUGCACUCCCACUACAAGCCCAUCCGGAGCAUCCUGUUUGGGAUCCAGCUGGAUGGCAGUGAGCCCCGGCUGCUGAGCCUUGGGGAGGACAGGCAGCUGAUUGAAUAUGACCUGAGCAGCAGCAGCAAGGACCAGCUGGUUGUCCUGCACAGACAUCGUGUAGAGCAGGCUGCAGUGCCCCUCUGCUUGGCCUGGUAUCCACAUUUCAGCACCGAGUCCUUCAUCCUCACAGCCAACAGCUGCUACAAAAUGAAGCUCUACAAUGCAACGACCAAAAUGUGCAGAAAGACUCUUCUGGGACCAACCUAUGGCUCGCCAUUGGAGAAGAUGCAAAUCCUCCCAAAGAGUGCUGCACAGCCUCAGAAGCACUACCUGGCUUACAUUACCAAGGACAAGGUGGGCUUGCAGAUUCUGCCUAUUGAUGGCAACCCGCACAAGUCCUCAGCUUUCAUUUGCCACCCAGAUGGUGCUUCUGACCUGGCCGUCUCCUACGACGGGCGCUACAUCUUUACGGCUGGGGGGAGUGACCGCACUGUUCUAAAAUGGGAGGUGAACCUCAAUGCCUUGGAAGCUGCCGCAUCCCUGGGUGGGGAGGACCUGGUCCCGUUCUACAGACUGCUGGAGGGCGGCCAGGACGGUGAAUUCUUCAGGGAGCUGGAAGACUAUUUCUACUAUGUGCAGCUGCGCAGCCGUGGCAUUGAUAUGCUGGAGAGCAGGCAGGUGUCAACGUACAUUCCCUUGGAGGAAAUUCCUUCUGUAAUGAGAGCAAUAGGAUUUUAUCCAUCUGAGGAAGAGAUCGAAGAAAUGAUAAAUGAAGUAAAAUUCAGUGACUUUGUGGAUACCGGAGAACAAGUGACAAAAAUCAAUUUAAGGGAUUUUAUCAAACUUUAUAUAAAUCAUCGACCCACAUUUGGCUUGUCAAUGAAAACAAUACGACAAGCAUUUCAGGUCCUUGGUUAUGAGAAUGAGAACGGCGACAAAGUUAUUGACAGAGGAGACUUGCUGUCACUCCUACAGUGCAGGGGAGAGCAUAUGAUGGAGGAUGAGCUGGCACUGUGUCUGUCUGCCCUGCUGGGCAGGCAUCCAAUGGGAGGAAGACCUGACCUGGACGUACGUGAUCCCUCAGGUGCAGCAGCUUUGAUGGAAGAAAUUCCCGAGCAAAUCACAGCAGAGAGAUUCACUGCCGGCAUUCUUGGCCUAUCCAUUGCUGAGCCAGAAAAAAGAACAGUAAAACGAGAUGGAUAAUUCAUCUGUGAAUACUCAGAAUUGUAGCUGCCACCGUUUUCUACUCGUUUCUACCUUCCAAACUCCUCAAGUAGUGAAAUAUAUACUAUAUGUUUAUUAAAAACUGUUGCAUAGCUUCAGAUUAUUCAAACUCUAGGUUAACCCCCUGUUUAGCACAUGCCACAAGCCUAUGGGAGCAAAUCUAUUUCCCAGUCGUAUGUGUUCCUAAUACUGCACCCUUUGUUCUGCUACAGCAGAAGGUUUUCAUUUGGAAAUAUCUUGAGAAGCAUUUCUGCUGCCAGGACAAGGCCCACACCUCCAGUGCCCCCUUCCACAGAACUGGCUGAAACGUGGCCUGGGUAAACAUGGUGCUUUCCAGAAAGGAUCUCUGCAGAAAGCUGCAUGAAAGCUCUGUUUCUAAAGACCUCUACCUGAGUUCACUGGGCCUUUGGAGAACAUCAGUUUGUAGAGCAUGGCACAGCAAUUGGUACACUGUCUUUUUGCACGGAUCACCCCUAUCCCCAGCUAGAGCCUUCUUAGUAUUCAUUUCAGGUGGGCUUUAUCCCAGAUGCAGUCUAUUUCCAUUAUGCAAAGGGGGUAUUAAUUUGUGAAACCCAACAGCAAAAAAGCUAUAUAGAAGUAUUGAUUACAUACACUGGUAAAUGUUCUGUGCAAAAUGCUUGGAUAGGUUAGAGCAGAUUUGUAACUAUGUGGGCAAAGCUACCAGCAAGGAACACUGGGAUAUACAUUAAAACCAGUUUUCUAUUUUGGCCUUUAAAACUUUGUUUUCCCUUUUAAAGCAGCAGCUCCAAUUAGCAGCGUAAUACCAAUGGGACAGCAUCUUACGGUGUUUGUAUAAACAGCAUAAUGAGGCUGACACAAGUUGCCGUGGAAAGAUCAGUGAAGUGCUGUUGAACACGCUUCCUUCUUUACAUCAUCCUCAGCAUCAAUUUGAAUAAUAAUGCGGGCCCUCCAGAAGCGUUCCUCUCAGUGGCAACGUUUUUUUUAAACAGAGAUCGCUGCUCCGCGCUCUGGAAGCGUCGGUGGUUGUGCAAUUAGCGCGGUGAGCUGCGUGCUGGUUUAUGAGGAGGUCCAGCAGCACGGAGCUCGGUGUACCGCGGGUCUGCGGUGCGCGUCUGUGUCAGGAGGAGGGGCUGCGCUGAGGAGCAGCUGAAGGUCGUGGCUUUGCUCAGCGUGGAGGAGGCUGAGAGGAGGCUGAAGGGGGGCUGCGUGGAAGCCUGUGGCUCCUCACAGAGGAGCAGAGCGGCAGCUGCUCGGCUCCAUCUGGGGACCAACGACCCAACCUGAGGGAACAGCGCGGGAAAGGCGGCUUUCGGGAAAAGGUUUCCGCACCAGAGGGCAGCGGGCGCGCAGCGAGCUGCCCGGGGCACGGUCCCAAACUGCUGGGGUUCAAGGACCGCUCGGACAACGCUCUGAGGCACGGGGUCUGAGUUUGGGCUGUUUCUGUGUAGAGCCCGGGGCUGGGCUCGACGGUCUGUGUGGGUGUUGUACGGCUGCUCGCGUUCUCACAGAAACGGCCGGAACCACUUGAGGCAGCUGAGAAACCCGACGGCCACCGCGUGUCGCGGAGCUGCGAGCACCCCAUCCCAUCCCGCGCAGAUGUUUGGCUUCGCAGGAAGCCCU